AAAUAAUAACACUGUUCUAACUUUUGGACAGGAAAAAAGUCGUGAAGUUUCAUGACUUUCAUCUUCUGUCAGUCUCUUUUUCUGUAAGUCUGCUUAUGUGGGCAUAGUGAUAUUGAUUGACGUUUCUUAUAAAUAGACAGGGUCAUGUGCUUCUGUGAUUAUAAUGUGAAAUUGGCAAAUUGCCAUUCAUUCAUCCUUACUUUCAGAGGAGCAUUUCUUCCUCUGUUUUCUUAAUCUGAUAAAAAGCUCUUCUUUAAGCUUUCUGCGGGUUCUCAAUUUUGCAUGCUAAUUAUCAUUAACAAAUUCUGAGAAUGAUGAUGAACAGAAGACCAAUUCAUUUGUUUUUAUAUGGUCUCUGUUCAUUGGUUAUUCUGCUGAAAGUGGAAAGCUUUAAUGUCGGCAUCACUUAUGUCGAGACAGCAGUAGCAAAAGGAGCAGUUUGCUUGGAUGGAAGUGCACCAGCUUAUCAUUUUGAUAAAGGAUUUGGAGCAGGAGUCAAUAAUUGGCUGGUUCAUAUAGAGGGAGGAGGAUGGUGCAACAAUGUAACAAAUUGCCUUCAACGAAUAAAUACUCGUUUAGGAUCCUCCAAGCAAAUGGUGAAGCAACUUGCUUUUUCUGGGAUGCUAAGCAACAAGCCACAGUUUAAUCCAGACUUCUAUAAUUGGAACAAGGUGAAAGUUAGGUACUGUGAUGGAGCAUCAUUCACUGGUGAUAUUGAAGCAGUUGAUCCUGCUACAAAUCUUCACUUCAGGGGAGCCCGGGUUUUUAAUGCUGUUAUAGAGGAUUUACUGGCAAAAGGAAUGAAAAAUGCAGAAUAUGCUGUUCUAUCUGGAUGUUCUGCCGGUGGAUUAACUGCGAUUCUGCAUUGCGAUAACUUUCGAGCUCUGGUACCCUCGAGUACCAAAGUGAAAUGCUUCGCAGACGCGGGUUAUUUCAUCAAUGGGAAAGAUGUCUCUGGGGUCUCACAUAUUGAAGCUUUCUAUAAUGAUGUUGUCAACACACAUGGAUCAGCAAAGUUUUUACCUGCAGGGUGUACCUCAAAAAUGAAACCAGGUUUGUGUUUCUUUCCGCAAAACAUGGCACCUACAAUUCAGACCCCAAUUUUCAUCAUAAAUGCAGCCUAUGAUUCAUGGCAGAUCAAGAACAUAUUGGCUCCUGGUGUUGCCGAUCCCCAUGGAACUUGGCACAAUUGCAAGCUUGACAUAACAAAAUGCUCUUCUACUCAACUCCAAACCAUGCAAGGUUUCAGAUUGGAGUUUCUGAAUGCAUUGAAUGGACUAGGUACCUCUCCAUCAAAAGGGUUCUUCAUUAAUGGUUGCUAUGCACACUGCCAAACAGAAAUGCAGGAAACUUGGUUGAGGGCUGACUCCCCUAUCUUGGAUGGCAAAACAAUUGCCAAAGCAGUUGGAGACUGGUUUUAUGACAGAAGUCCCUUUCAGAAGAUAGAUUGCCCUUACCCUUGUGACAAAACUUGUCACAACCGAAUUUUCGACCCACAAGAGAAUCCCUCGGUAUAGAUAUACCCCUUUCCAUAAAAUUUAAAAAUCAUUCUUUAUGAACAUUGUAUGUGUGAUCAAGAUCGAAUUGAAAGAGAGGAAAACAAAUGCAGUUUGAUGAUGGUAAAUCACUAUUGUCAGGCAUUUGAAAUAAGGGCAUAAAUUCUUUUAGUUUCCUGAUUAGCACUCAGUUGCGAUAAUUAUGUACACUGCCAAUACACCAAAGGGUGUGUUUUGCUGCACUCAAACUUGUAAACAACUGAAACAAAAUACCAUUGUUAUGUUAUACUGGUGAAUUUAUGUAAUAGAGCUUUUCUUUUCAAUAAUUACAUUUAAUUUCGUAAGCAAUAUAUUCGAUUUUGUCAUUAUGAGAAUCAUUAGUCAUUCAUUAGAAUGUCAAGUAGAGAAUAACAGCAUUUUCAUGUUUUCAGCCAACAACUUAUGGCACGAGAUCAAAUGACUUCGAGCGGAUCAAAAAUUUCAAUAGAAAUAUUUUAACAGGUAAAUGAAAAUGGUUCAUAAGUCUUCCAUUAUUGAACAUGAAACUCUUGUAUAUAUCUUGAAGAAUACUAAUGGUUCUGCAAUUGGCUCUGCAGUCAUAUUCUUGCAUGUCGCCCUUUCUUAAUGUACUGAUUUCAAGAGCUCAAGGCCUUAGAAAAUUUUGACCAUUGAAGCUUUCCAAGAAAUGUAAAUAUGUGUAAAUCUGCUUCUAGUAAAUAUGUGUAAAUACUGUAUUCUAUUUAUAUUAGUAGAUUAAUGCACAUUCUCUGGACAUCCUAAUUAUAGACGUUAGAAGCAAGGACCAAGGUCAUUAUUUGACAACAUAUAUGAGAUCUUGUGCCAAAAGAACUAAGAAACUGGUAUGUAGCUCAUCAGUGUUUUGGGUGGUCAGGUAACAAUUGUGUUUGGAUGUGAUGUAGAGCUCUACUCCCACUGUCCCAAAAUUAUAGUUUAGAUUACAUUUUCACUUUUAUUUCAAAUUUGGCAAUUCGGC